GUAGAUGUCAGUCUUCUGUGAGCUGGCGAACAGCUUGUUGGAUUUAAGUUGCAUCUUCGGGGGUCAGUUACACGCUUUUCGAAAAGCGCACGUCAACGUGCGUGUCACACUUCGGCCUUUCCGCUCCACAGCACAUCGAGGGUCGACUUGGUUCUUGCCUUUUUCCAUUUACCAUUUAUACCGCACACCGCUUCUACAGUGUCGAGUCAUGCCCAAUUUUGAAAAUAAAACCUAAAAAUCAAAUCUCAUUGAAGUCGCAAAGCGAUAUACCUAUCGUACCAAGAUCAAGUGAGUGUGUGACGUCCACUUAAUGUAACAGUGGAGCUUGGGAGUUUUCAAGGCACACAGGUAUAGUUCAGAAUCGUGUACUCCGUGUUUGAGAGGAAAGCACCCACCGUGAUAAAAUUAGGUAUUGACGUGUUAUGCGCUGGCAGCCGCUUCCUGGGUAGGGGUCAUCUAGUCGUUGCAGGUGCCCUGGGAGAACAAAGAGGCUGGCUGACGGUCGCAAAAUUCAAGCAACGCAAGAAGACGGAAAACGGGGACGUGUAGCGACCAAGAACGUGGAAAUUGAAAACGCCGUUCAACGGCGUUGUCAAAAUGACUGAUGCCUUGAGAGAUCCAGAGUUGGCUGCAGACUCGGUGAGCGCCGAGGAUGCCAGAGCAUCACUGAACGUGGCUUGUCAAUCAAAGUCGAAAGACAAAGCACUCCCCGAGAGAGGUACCUGGAGUACGAAACUGGACUUCAUCCUGAGCGUGGUCGGACUUGCCAUUGGACUCGGUAAUGUGUGGAGAUUUCCGUAUUUGUGUUACAAAAAUGGGGGUGGUGCUUUCCUCAUACCGUACUUUUUGACGCUGAUUCUUGCUGGUAUCCCGAUGUUCUUUAUGGAGCUGGCCCUUGGGCAGAUGCUGACCAUAGGUGGUCUUGGGGUCUUUAAAAUCGCUCCCCUCUUCAAGGGAAUCGGCUACGCUGCGGCGGUAAUGUCCUGCUGGAUGAACGUCUACUACAUUGUCAUUCUGGCAUGGGCCAUCUUCUACUUCUUCAUGUCAAUGAGAAGCGAUGUUCCAUGGCGAACCUGCAACAAUUACUGGAACACGAAAAACUGCGUUAACCCUUACGAUAGAAGUGGGAUUCUUUGCUGGAAUCAACAUACCAGCAAAGGUGUUAUCAAGGUCUGCUCUCUGAACCAGUUCAACGUCAGCGCGACAGAUCUCACCGACCCCGUGAAAGAAUUUUGGGAGCGACGGGCACUUCAGAUCAGUGACGGAGUAGAACACAUGGGAAGCAUACGCUGGGAAUUGGCGGGAACUCUUCUAUUGGUUUGGAUUCUCUGUUACUUUUGCAUUUGGAAGGGUGUAAAGUGGACUGGAAAAGUUGUAUACUUCACCUCCUUGUUCCCUUAUGUUCUUUUAACUAUUCUUCUAAUUCGUGGGAUCACUCUGCCCGGUGCCAUGGAAGGAAUCCGAUUCUACAUCAGCCCAAAUCUUUCCAAGCUCCGGGAAUCCGAAGUAUGGAUCGACGCUGUAACACAAAUAUUCUUCUCUUACGGUCUCGGCCUGGGUACCCUGGUUGCCUUGGGCAGCUACAAUAAGUUUACGAACGAUGUGUAUAAGGAUGCUUUGAUAGUCUGCUCGGUGAAUUCUUCAACGAGCAUGUUUGCCGGCUUCGUAAUCUUCUCUGUGGUUGGAUUCAUGGCACACGAACAGCAGAAACCAGUUGCCGAAGUUGCAGCAUCCGGACCCGGACUCGCCUUUUUGGCAUAUCCCUCGGCAGUUCUUCAGCUGCCAGGAGCCCCACUGUGGUCUUGCCUCUUCUUCUUCAUGCUUCUUCUCAUUGGCCUCGACUCGCAGUUUUGUACGAUGGAAGGUUUCAUAACGGCGAUGGUUGAUGAGUGGCCACAGCUGUUGAGGCGACGCAAGGAAAUCUUCAUUGCUGUUGUAUGCGGGUUGUCAUAUUUGGUUGGUUUGUCAUGCAUCUCGCAAGGUGGCAUGUACGUUUUCCAAAUCCUCGACUCUUAUGCCGUAUCCGGUUUUUGUCUGCUUUUUCUGAUAUUCUUCGAGUGCAUCUCAAUCAGCUGGGCAUUUGGUGUAAACCGCUUUUACGAUGGAUUGCGUGACAUGAUCGGCUACUACCCACUUGCCUGGUGGAAACUAUGCUGGACUGUCACAACGCCAAUGAUCUGCAUCGGUGUAUUCAUCUUCAAUCUCGUGCAAUGGACACCGGUAAAGUAUCUGGAAUACGAAUAUCCAUGGUGGUCUCACGUCCUCGGCUGGAUAACGGCCUUGUCAUCAAUGCUGUGUAUACCCGGGUACAUGAUUUACGCGUGGGUGACGACACCUGGAGAUUACAACACGAAAUUCAAGCUUCUCGUUCGAAUAGAAGACGACGUUGGGAGCUUGCGCGUCAAAAUGGGCCAGCCAGGGGUGGAGCUGAGCACAUUGUAACGAUGUAACAAUUUACAUACCCUUCGUGACAAAACUGAUGGAGGUAAAUCGCACGCCUUACCUCGUUUGCCGCACGCAUCGAAUCUAGACGCAGGAUGCACGUCAAAUCGUUGACGGUACGCAGAUUUUCGUUUGGAUUCAGCUACGCACUCAAUCAAUUCACCCACAUCUAACUUCAAAUCAACAUUCGUCCAGCUUCUCGCCAGUUUCGAGGCCGUUAAUACGUGCCAAUUAGCGAAGCUGUCUGAGAGUACGUUGAAAGUUUUCAAUCCGUAUAAAUGUAUCAUCCCUCGUCUAUGACUUGGUAACAGCCCGCUUGCAAAUACUUACUAUAACCAUCAGUAGACUAGUAUACUAUAUCUUAGAUGUGAAAGUGUUCGGUAAUUAACUGUUCACCUAUAUUAAUAUAUAUAAUAUCCAAUAGUAUAUAUGUAUAUGUAUAUGUCUAUAUAUAUAUAUCAUUGGAUAAAAUCUCAAAUUUGUACGAUAUAUAUAUAUAUGUGUAUGUGUGUGUAUAUAUAUGUGUGUAUAUAUAUACAUAUACAGACCUCUUCCCCUAAUUAAUUAGUCAAGGUAUAAAAGUCCAAAAGCGAUAGCGUACAAUCGAGAUAAUCGGGCUCAGAAUUAGACUAUACACAGUUAAUCAAUAAUUAAUAGCAUUAAGUUAACUGUCAAUGUCGUAGAAAUUAUAAGUAGACAACAUAAGUGAAACAUUGAGAAAUUGUUAUUGCUCGAUACCGCUAGGUACUCUACCCCACGAGAAAACAACAUCGUGAUGGACGAGUAUUUCCCUCGCAUUCACGGAGCCUAGGUAUAAGGAGAACGAUCGUGAUGUAUAAGAAACGGCCGAAAAUUUGCAGCAAGAUCUUUCUACACUAGAGGCGCUGGCAUUGCUAAUGUCAGGAUUCUUUAAUUUAAGACGGGAAAUAUCGUGAUCACGCGAUACAAACAAUAACAAACGGAAGCCAUGAGCCUGACAUUACGUCACCAGCGCUACCAUGGUAGACAUUGUGAGAGAAUGAUCUUUCUCCUAUUUCCUCACCGCAAAUAAAGGCAAAACGCCCGUGUCGAUCGUAUUGAUUAUACCUAGGCUCCGUGUUCGCAUUGAUCAGAUCUCCACCCACGGAAUGCUCCCUUAUUAAUGCCAAGCAGGGCGUAGCAUGUCAGGUAACCCCGAUUUUUCACAGCUUACCCGUAGCUCGAAGUCGUUCUCUCGUGGUACAGAGCAUAGAGGAGACUGUGUUAUAACAGCAUAGAUUUAUUCUUACGUAUAAGUUAUUUCGAUGUAAUAUAUAUAUAUAUAUUAUCAGUUGUCACUUCAGGAUUACGUUGAAGUAGAAUUUGAAAUUGCCACACAUUUCCAUUGUUUUUUUAAAGGAAAAUAUAUCAGUUACAUUAUU